AUGUCAUUUACAGAAGCUGAAGAUCGUCUUUUACAAAAUCGUACUAGAUGUAAAUGUCUUUCAAUAUUAAAAACAUUACGUGAUCGUAAUUUUGAUUCAAUACCAAUAACAAAUUAUGUAUUAAAAUCUUUAGUUUUAUAUGAAUGUGAAAAACAUCCAAAUGAACAUGAAUGGUCCGAUGAACAAACAUUAGGUGAUCGUCUUAAUGGAAUAUUAUUACAAUUAAUAUCAUGUUUACAAUGUCGAAAAUGUCCACAUUAUUUUUUACCUAAUGUAGAUUUAUUUAAAGGUAAAUCUAUUCAAACAUUGGAUUAUGCUGCUAAACAAUGUUGGCAAUUAACUCGUGAAAUGCUUAUUAAUAGUCAUUGUCUUGAUGGAUUAUAA